UUUGAAAAUGCGUUGACUUGGAGCGUAAACUCCUUGUAAUACAUGGUUUUGGAAUGGUUUUUGCCGCGGUACGGAAAAGGGUGAUGCAUCGACGAUGAGGAAGAAUGCCUUGCCUCGUCGUGUUGUCAAAUGAUACCUGAAAAUAAGGAUUAGGCUUUCAAUUCAUCAAUAAAACAAAUACAACAAGUCUGUGGAUCCAGAACAAGUUCAAAGUUUUCAUGAUGUCGUUGCAGCCGAACUCUUUAGGAUUUUAUAAGACACCAGUCAGCAAGGGUCUACUGAUUGGUAUCGGCUGUCUGUCAACUAGCCUGCUCAUUAUGGGCCCACGUUACCAGCAGUUGUUUUCUUACACAAUAGAAUCACUCACACAGAAGUUGGAGAUAUGGCGGUUGUUGACAAGCAAGCUGGCAUUUUUAGACCCAAAGAAUUUACUACUGGGCCUUGUACUCAUGUACAAUUUUCGUGUCUUUGAAAAACGCUAUGGAUCAACCAAAUUCGCAUCGUACUUGUUUGCCAAUGGAGUGAUGACAGCAUGUCUAGAGCUGGCCGCAUUGUUUGCCUUUCAUAAUUACCAUCAUGGCAACAUCCCAAUAUACUGGACUCCAGGACCGACGGGAGUCGUGGCAUCACUAUUUGUGCCGUUCGUCUGUGAUGUGCCCUAUAUUUCUGGUCAGAAUGUUUUUGGCCAUUUACUGAAUGGAAAGUGGUUAGUGUACAUCUUCGGAUUACAAUUGGUAUCUCACUCCACACAGUCCUGCAUUGUUGUGGGAUGCGGUCUCCUCUCCGGCCUCCUGUACCGCCUCAACGUCUUGUACCUCCAGUCCUGGCUGCGUAUCCCCAAUCCCCUGGCCCGCCUCUCGGCAGCAUUGCUCGGCCCUCUGCUGAGGUCCAGCCCCCCACGGGAGGGCCCCCUGCCCAUGGGGGCCACCUUGGAACUCCAACGGCAGCAGCGAAUGGAGUUAAUGGAACAGCGGAUGAUCAUGGCACAGUUUAGGCAACAGGCGCAGGCUAGGGGGGCUGCCUCAUCUGUCAGGCCGACUAUUAGUGCACCUUUAGGCAGAGGGACUGCAGGGUCCUUAGCGUCAGUCUUCAGGCAGCGGCAGAACCGUACCAGUAGUUCAGGAGAUACCCCCGACACGGAGCCAGGCAGCGCGCCGCACUCUAGUCAGCCACCUGCAAGCAGGGACUUCAGCUCAGUACCAGAAGAACAUGUUCAGCAGCUGACUGAUAUGGGUUUCAAUCGUAGCGCAGUGGUGCAAGCUCUCCUGGCAACCCACAACAAUGUUCCCAUGGCAACCAACCUACUGCUCCAAGAUGGCUGACCGUUAGGUAGUUUAGUUUCUGCCAUAUCAUGUAAAGGGGAUGAGAUUUUCCCACUAAAUUGUACAUCAAAAGUAAAAGGACUAUUUUCAACUAAAAUUUUGAAAUAAUUAAACGUCAGUGCUUUCUUUCUUUUGCUUUCCCGCUCUAAGUUAAACAACAGGAUUGAAAGAGGUUGUUGUUAAUUUUUUUUUCCAAAUGUUGUCCAAAAUCUGAGAUUGAUGACCCCAUGCAUCGUAAUCAGGACUCGGGUUUCUAACAACUCAAUGAUGCUACUACAGCACUAAAACCUAAAUCACUCAACAAGAACUCUUACUUGUUGCGUCAUUUGUUUGCUGCCCCCAGCAGUAACUUUUAGAAUAAUUUAACAAGUGGGCCUAUUGCAUACAAAUAGCUGUCAAAAUAUCUUUUGUGUCAGAAACAAUGAUGUAUUUUUAAUUUUAAUAUGCCUUAGGCUACUUAGAACUGAAUAAUGAACGUCUUCCUGCAGUCGACAACCUCUUUAAGCUUAAAAACAGCAUUGUGCGCUACCAUGGAUGUAAACGCUUACAUUGUUUUAGCACAAUGAUUGCCACCUGGGAUUGAGACGCAGGUGUACAUUAUAUAUCCAAUUAAUUGACCACUUAAUAUUGUAAAAAAAAAAAAA